UCGUACAAGUCACUGACUUUAAAAUGUUAUUGAUAAUACUGUUUGUAUUUAUUCUAUUGUUAAUGUUGUGUUAUGGUUUAAAUGAAGUGAGAUUGCGUUCUUCACCAUUAGUGCCGUCUAUUCCAAAUGCCAUACCCGCCUUUAGCUAUGGUCUUAGUAAGAAAGAUUUAUUCACCAAGCUUAUGUACAUGGGAGAGUUCACCAACAAACAUAACGGAGCAGCCAAGUUUAACAUCGGCCCCAUUUAUAUUUAUAUAAUAACGAAUCCAGAAGACGCUGCCACAGUUGCCAACCAGUGCGUACACAAACUAUUUGUAUAUAAACUUAUCGAUUCAUACGUGGGAUCAGAACUUAUAUCGGCAAGUUACCCUGUUUGGAAGAAAAACAGGAGAUUCAUUGACAACGCGUUCAAACCAAUUGUACUGGAUAGUUUUUUGGAAAUAUUCAAUAAACAAUCAAAGCGUCUCGUCAGCUCUCUGAGAUAUGAAGAGAAUAAGACUUUCGAUAUAACUGAUAUAAUAACAAGGAAUAUUUUGGAAAUCGUAUGCCAAACCACACUGGGCUUUAAAACAGAAGAUAAAGAUAUAGUUACAGACGAGUACGCGGCUGCAGUGCAAUCUAUGCUAAAAAUUAUGACUGAAAGGGUUCAAUAUCCCUGGCUCAUGCUCGAUUUUAUAUUCAAAUUUAGCAGUUUGAAGAAGAAACAGGAUGAAAUGCUCAAAAUUAUAUGGAGUCUUACUGAUGAGAUGGUGACAUUAAGGAGGAAAGAAUAUCAAGAUCGACUUUUAAUGGGAGAAACUAAUUAUAAUGAUGGUAGUUUCCGAAGUUACUUGGAUAUACUCAUAGAAAAUUCUGAUAAAACCAACGAAUAUACAAACUCUCAAUUGAGAAAUAUAGUGGACAACUUGAUGUUGGCUGGUUAUGAUACAUCGACUUAUCAAAUUCUAUUCGCCUUGAUUUGUCUCGGAACGUACCCUGAAAUACAAGAAAAGGCUUAUCAAGAGAUAUGCAAAGUAAUGGACAGUAGUGAAAAGGAUUUGACUAAAGAAGAUUUAUCAUCACUUACGUAUCUGGAAGCUGUUAUCAAGGAAACCAUUCGUCUGUACCCAAUCGGACCGGUCAUUGCUCGACAUUCUGAUAAGAAAGUACAAUUAAAAAAUUUCGAGCUACCCUCCGGAGUGCCAGUUGUAGUUCACGUCUGGUCUAUAAACCGUAAUCCGGAGGUGUGGGGUCCUGAUGCUGAUCAGUUCAGACCGGAGAGAUGGCUGGAUCCAAACUCAAUUCCAUCCAACCCAGCUGCUUUCGCAAGUUUCGGACCAGGAAGGAGAAAUUGUAUCGGUAAAUCAUAUUCCAUCAUGUUAAUGAAGACGGUCCUUUCGCAUUUUGUGUACAACUAUAAGAUAACUUCAGAUCAUACUAAACUUCAAUUCGAGCUGGUGGUUAUGUUGAAGCCCUAUUCCGGACAUUUAGUGAAAAUUGAAAAAAGAAGUGAAAUAAAAUAAACAUACGCUACAUUUUUUAUUACGGCAACUAUUAGAUGCUUGUGUGCGUGCCAACUUGACACUGUAUGGCAUCUUUCAAAUUUUGUAGCAUACACUUCGUGUUAGAGCGCAUUCACACUACGUGUGAUCCGAGUCCAAUCCGAAUGCGAUCCGUAGCCGUGAAAAUACGGUCUGGUGUAGUCAUAGAACUAUUUCUAACGGUUGACGGAAAGAAAUCGUAUGACGUAAGCCCGAUCUAUUGCGUAAUUAUUAUUAUUAUUAUUUGAAGAGGGUGGCUAUUUCCUAGUCCUAAAAGAUUCCUAGUAACACCGCGUCCAGAAUUGGACUAUUGUGUUCGCCACUCAUACUAAAGCUCAUCGUCAAGCCCUGCCGCCUUUACGAACCGCAGUAGUUCCUUGACGCGAGUGUUGCAAACACUAUCUGGUGGCACAAAGUAGUCACCAAAGAUUGUGUUACGCUUAUGCAUUAGUGGGCCGCAGUCGCAGAGUAGAUGAAUAGGUGUUUCAUCAUCCUCAAGGCAGAACCUGCAAGCUUUGUCGCUAUUGAUGCCGACCACACUGAGGUGCUUGUUUAGGCGACAGUGCCCGGUUAGCAUCCUAGUGAGUAUGCAUAGAUUUUUCCUGUUCAAUGAUAGGGCUUCAUUCGCAUAGCUACUGUUGAAUGCCCUUAUCAGUGCUUUAGAGUGGUUUAAACCUGAAGAGUUGUUCCAGCGUUUAAGUGCUUCUUGUUUACAUUGGUUACUCAGGGUGUGUCGGAUGGCGCUCUUGGUCAGUCCACAAAUGGGUUCCGGACCAUAUUGGACUGCUUUAGCCCCAGCUCUUGCGAGUUCAUCGGCCCUUUCAUUGCCUAUGAUUCCGGCAUGCCCUGGGACCCAUCUUAGAAUCACUCUGUUUUUCAUGCCUAAUGAAUUCAGGCACUCAACGCAAUUAUUGACUAACUUAGACGACGUCAAGUCAGCGUCUAAAGCCAACAAUGCUGCCAGACUAUCAGAGUGAAUGUAUAUGUUAUGAUUGAAGUAGCCUUUUUGGAUAUUGGUUUCCGCGCAUUCCAGGAUGGCGUACACCUCUGCUUGAAAUAUGGAGGUAAAGCUUCCCAGGUUUGUGCUGGAUUUAAACCUGGGGCGUUCUCCAUAGACCCCACAGCCAACUUUAUUUUCCAUUUUGGACCCAUCGGUGAACCACAUGAGGCUCCCGUCCUUCCACGUGACUUUGUUGUUCAUCCAGUCGUCCCUGGAAGGUAGUUCCACGAUAUAGUGUUUAACAGAGAUUAAUUCUGGAAUCAUCUGUUCAGGUAACAUGCCUAAUAUGUGGUCUCGCAGAACUGAGUCCUCUAAAGUCCUAAGCAUUUGCGACAUCCAGUUACAUGAACCCCCCUGGGCGAUUGCCCUCAGCAUGCUUGCCGUCGCCUCUUGCUGUAUGAAUAGUGGAAGAGGCGGUAGGUUUAGCAUUGCUUCAAUGGCCGCACCAGGAGUAGACGUCAUGGCCCCGGUUACCAACAUACAGGCAAGUCUCUGCAGGCUAUUUAGUCUGUCUGCAGUUGUUUUCUGGCUGGAUUUGUUCCACCACACAAUGGAGGCGUAUGUGAUUGUUGGUCUCACAAUUGCUGUGAAUAGCCAUAAGAGGAUCUUGGGGCGCAUUCCCCAAUGUCUCCCUACCAGACGUCGACAUACACCCAAGGUUGUUUUGGCCUUUUUCACGGCUUUGUCGAUGUGAGAGUUCCAUGUGAGUUUCUGGUCGAAUUUGACUCCCAGAUACUUAACCUCAGCUGAGAAUUCUAAAGUAGAGCCGUUCAAGGUGGGAGACUUCAGUUUGUUAAGUGUCUGUUUCCUCGUGAAUGGCACAAUAACAGUCUUUCCUGCGUUGACUGACAGUUUGUUGGCUGUACACCACUGUGAGAUGGUGUUUAGCGCCUUUUGCAAUAUAGAGCUUAGUAGGCUUUGGCAGAAACCUCUGACGAUAAUAACUAGGUCGUCUGCGUACCCUAGUGCAUCGAUCCUGAGUUCUGCCAGCUUACUAAGUAGUUCGUCUACUGCUAGUGUCCAUAGAAGUGGCGAAAGAACGCCACCUUGUGGGUAACCUCGCGUAGUGUAUAGCUCCAGUGAUGUCCCAUGGAGGGAGAUUAGAGCUUUGCGAUUUGAGAGCAUUGACCUUACCCAUUUGACAGUGGUCGAGUCUACAUUUUUGUUAGUUAGUCCCUUCACUAGCGUGACUAUCGGGGUAUUGUCAAAGGCGACCUCAAUGUCUAGAAACGCACAGAGUGCAAUCUGUUUGUCUUGUAACGCCUUCUCGACUUCAUCCACAAGUUGUAGAAGGGCCGUUUCUGUAGACCUACCUCUACAGUAGGCGUGUUGAGAACUAUUAAUGGGCUUUAGGCUUAUAGCAUCCUCUCUUAUGUGUCUGUCCAAGACACGGAGGUAAGGCUUAUGGGUCUGAAGGAGCUUGGCAGGGAGUAGUCCUUUCUGCCUGCCUUAGGCAUAAAUAGUACUUUAGCCUUAGUCCAUUGUUCUGGAAGAUAGCACCAGGCAAAGCUUACCCGGUAUAUCUUGACUAGUAGCGGUACUAGGAUAUCCAAGCCUUUUUGAAGAAGCGCUGGAAAAAUGUUGUCUAGACCGCUUGACUUGUAGGGUUUCAGAGUCUUGAUGGCGCACCUUAUAUCCCGGGGUCUGAUUAUCUUUGCCGCUCUACGCCAACCCUCGUCAAGAGGCCGUUGUGUAGGCGUUGCUACAGAUGGUUGAUGGGUAGCCCCCGGAAAGUGGUGGGCCAUCAGUACUCUUACUUUUUCUACCUCGUCGGCUGUAAAAGAUCCAUCUGGUCUCUUAAGCAGGCCGAUUUGGCUAGGUUUGUCCUUGGCGGGCAGUUUUUGUACUCGGGCUCCUUGGGGAGUUUUAGAUAAAUCCUCGCAGAACCUCUUCCAAGAUGCUCGUUUGGCCUUCCUAACUACUCUGUUGUAUUCUGUUAGGGCUUCUUUGUAGGGUUCCCAUUCUUGGGUCUUUUUAGCCCUGUUAAACAGCCUUCUGGAUUUCUUCCUUAGUUUGUUCAAGUUUGAAUUCCACCAAGGCACUUUCCUGUUUGAGUGUUGUAAGGAGAGAGGGCAGCUAGCCUCGUAGGCGUCAGUUAUGCCAUCCGUGGUUACUUUCACUGCCAACUCUAGCUCAUCCAGGGUUCUGAUGCGCUUAGGGAUAUUCUCCAAAUUACUCCUGAGUUUCUCUUUGUAGACAGUUCAGUUUGUUUUUGUUGUCGGUAGCGAAAGUAAUAUCUAGAACUUCCUGCCUGUUCGAGGUAACGAAGGUUGGCUUAUUACCUCUGUUUAGUACCUGUAGGCCGUUAGUGUCUAAGAUAUUAAGAAGUUGCUCACCUCUGUAGUUGACGUCGCUGCUUCCCCAAGUUGUGUGGUGCGCAUUGGCGUCGGCCCCGACAAUCAGUUCGACGUUGUUGCGUCGUGCAUACUCGACCACUCUCGCCCAUUCUGUUGUCGGGUCUCUUUCUUUAUAUGGAAGGUACGCCGAGCAAACGAUGACCUUGGUGCCUUCCCAACCUUAGAAACAGAUGUACGCCGCAACAAGGUCGUCGGUGCAGACCUCUGUAACAGGUAAGAAAUUAGUGUUCUUGUUGAAGACUAUGCAAGGUCUGGGUUUUGAUCCGCUGGUAUUGUAGAUUAACUUACCAGCGGUGUACAGUCCCAGUAUUUUGCCGGUGUUAACCCACGGCUCUUGUAGUAGGGCAAAGAGGAUCUCACUACUCGCAAGGCAUUUCUCCAUUAUUGCAGUAGCAGCUUUGGCGUGGUGGAGGUUUGCCUGGAGUAUCCUCGCUCUAUUACUGCGGUGCGUCAUUGGAUCCCACCGGAGGUGGAAGGCUUAGGUUGGUCUGUCUUCUAGUAUGGGUGUUUCCGCCCGCGGCUAGAAUUAGCCCGACUCUGAUCCUUCCCUCCCCUGAGGGGACCUGAGACGUUCCUCGACAUCGGCCCUUUGCCCAGGGACGUAGUUGUGGGGGCAGCCGGCCGUUGCGGGGUCCUUGAGAUCCCGGAUGUUCCCGGUCCCACAGGCCCGCUGGUCUGGGUGGGUUGCUGUCCACUCGCUGCUGCGGAACCCUCAGAGACGCCCUUGAUCUUAAAAUUAAUCUUUCUAAAACCAAGGGCAGCUCUGUACUCGGACUCUUUCAGAGUAUCCGCGGAGGGAUCGUCCAAGGAAAAAGUGACCACUUGGCCUCCCUUGUCCUCCCUCGCGUGGAGCACCUUCCAGUGUUCGGUGUUCAGUCCCGCAUUUUGCGCAUCAGCUUCAGUGCCUCUUCAACUGUGUCAGCCUCAGUGUUCGGCAGAAAAGUCGUGGCUAUGGAGGGUUUGGGCAGUUGUUCCUCCGACAUGCAUGAGAGCUCUGCCUCCGGCCACGGCUUCAGAUCCUUGACUUUGUCCACAAGCCACUCUCGGCUGAAAUCAUUUUCACAAGUCACCAGUAUCCAGCCAGGCUUGUGGGCAAAGCCCAAAAAUGUCGGCCCGGUACCUUGUUCAGCCCCGGUAAUCAAAGCAAGAAGUGCGCGGCGCACUUUCCGCAUUUCGUCCUCGCUCAUAGUAUGGGUAUGUCGAAUGCCCACACGUGAGUGUCGACGUCCUCUACAGGCAUAUCCGUUUGGAGAAGCUUUCUGAAUCUUUUCCGGGCUGCACCGGACAGCUUCUUUGGCUUCGUCUUAAUAUUUCUCACUUUCGAGUCUGUUUCCGUAGGCGUUGUGGUUUCCUUAACGGUUGCCAGCUCGCCUGGGAUUAGCCUCUCGACCUGAGGUAAGUUUUCGGUUCCCUUGGGGGCGUCUAGCCGCUCACCCUCGGGUUCCGAGAUAGAUAGGUUUGCACCUAUGUUGGACAAAAUCGAAUUUAAUAUAAUUUCCUCCACUUUGUUCCCACGAGAAGCUAGGGAAAUAAAGGUCACGAACCAGCAGAGCCCCGCUUACUGGCCGAAGGGCAUAAAAUAACACUCCGAGGUGCCCAGGUAUCGGAGGUACACCGUUAAAGUCUGAGCUCUCCCCCAGACACGCAGCCCUCGUCACGGUACGUCUCACAACUUGGCUUGGAUUCCCUCCUCCUUUAUCCGGGCUUGGGACCGGCACCAUACCAACCCUUUGAUAUAGGGCAGGAUAUGGAGGCGGAGUUAUCUAUUGCGUAAACUACCAUAGAAAUUUCGGAUCGUGUUUUCACGGAUACGGAUCGGAUCGGACGUAGUGCGAAAGUGCUCGAAAGCUCACCACGAGCCAACCUACUCCUGUUGACCGUUGGUUUAAGAUGUAAAAUAGCCGCAGAGUAUAAAAUAAAUUUUGCAUUGAUUUCAUUUGUCAAAUCAUGUAUUAACUGCGAAAAAAAACUGAUUUAUUAAAGUGAAAACUUCUUUAGCAUCGUUGUGAUUUUAAAGUCGAUGAAACGAAAAAGAGACGGACACAUAAAUUCAUAAUAUUUAACGUGGGAGAAAAAGCGAAAAGAAGCAUUAUGCGGUGUUUUGGUACCAGGCGAUCAUAGACACAAGGAGAACAUAAAUAUGGUAGAAGUGAUAGGAAUGUCUUUCAUAGCGGUUGAAAUCAUGUGUCAUCCUAGCAACAUGUACCAGGAAUUUAUAAUAUGUAGUUUAAUGCAAUUCACUUUUACAAUACAAUUCACUUCUGACAUGUGUUCUUUGUACACACGCAAUUUUUAUGCGUUUGGCUCCCUGUGAAUAAAAAAUAUGUAAAUAUAUAAAAUUAUAGUUAAAAACAGCCUAUUGUUAUAAAUAACUUAGUUUAGGUAAUUAUGUGGAUUUGGUCUGUGUAAGUAUGUAAUUUAUCACGAAGUUUGAUUGUUUUUAAUAAAAACUUGUGUGAA